AUGGCGGAGCCCAAGUCCUCCAAGAGCAAGUCCAAGUCGAAGUCCAAGAGCAGCCACGACGGGGCCGGCGGGGCGGCGUCCAAGAAGUCCAAGUCCAGCAGCGCCGCCGCGGUCACGCCGGGGACGCUGGACACGCACUUCGCGCCGUGCGCGGACGUCAAGGGCCUCCGCUUCGGCGCGCAGCUCGUCACGCGGGCGCUCACCGUGCGCCGCGCCGCGCCGCUGGAGCUCCCGCACCUCCUCCGCGCCACGCCCUCCCCACCCCUCCCCACCGGCGCCGGCAACGCCACCACGGACGCUCUGUCAUUAGCUCCGACGACGACGGCCUACAUCCCGACCAACUUCGCCAUCCUGGCGCACCACGCGUGGCACACGCUCACCCUGGGCCUGGGCACCAAGAACUCCAAGGCCGCCGUGUUCGUCUUCGAGUCCGCCGCCAUGAAGGCCGCCGCGGACGCCGCCUGGCCGGGCGUCGUCCCGCUCGGCGACGUCGGCCGCCGCCUCAUCCGCGCGGCCCCGGGAAACCCCGAGAUGGCGCGCUUCAAGUUCCGCAAGGGCUGCGUCACCUUCUACGUCUACGCCGUCCGCACCGCCGGCGCGCGCGGGUUCGCGCGCGCUGACGAGCUCCGUGCCGUCGUCGAGGCCGUCGCCAGGCUCAAGGACUUCCUCGACCACACCGCCAUGCUCGCGCUCCCGGGACAGAGGAGCAUCGACGUCGCCGCCGCCGCCGCCGCGCAGGUGGGCGUCGUGCAUUGA